AUGUUCCUUAGUUUCGCAUUGCUUCUGGCUCCGUUGGGCCCCGUGAGCGCAUUGUCCCAUGGCAAUACAGAUACCUUAGCGUCUAGUCCACUUAACUGGGCACCUUGCGACCUCAGCUUUCCUGAGGACGUCCAGAAGAACAUAGCUGUUCCCAUUGACUGCGCAACGCUUGAAGUGCCCCUCGACUAUACCGACUCAGCCUCCAGCAAAACCAUUAUGCUCCAGCUGGUUAAGGUCAAUGCGACUGAGGAGCCUGUCAAAGGCAGCGUUAUCUUCAACCCAGGCGGACCUGGAUCUUCAGGAGUGGAAGAAGUCGUGCAGAAAGGGCCGGCCUAUCGCGAUGUAUUUGGUGGUCACUUCAACGUGAUUGGGUUCGAUGCCCGUGGCACGGGAAAGACGAUCCCGUAUGUAUGCGAUGUACCAAGCGGUGCUGCCAACCCCGGAAGCCUCUUCCGUCGAGGCAACGCCACUUCGUUUCCACAAGGUGACCUCUGGGAAACACUCAAGUCCAAAGCAUGGCACGAUGGCGGUGUAUUGGCCGACGCUUGUUAUGAAAGCCAGAAGGACACCGGAAGUUUCGUGAACACAGCAUUUGUGGCCCGGGAUAUGCUGAAAAUCGUUGAUGCUCUCAACGAAGAUGGCCUCCUGCGUUUCUGGGGUCGAUCCUACAGCACUGUUCUUGGACAGACAUUCGCCGCCAUGUUUCCCGACCGCGUUGGCCGCAUGCUCCUCGACAGCAAUUUACCCGCUGAAGACUACUACUCCGGUUAUUGGUUGUCUGCUACACGUGGGACUGAUGCUGCCCUCAUGAAUUUUUUUAAUGAGUGUGUCAAUGCUGGCCCUUCGAUGUGUCCCCUUGCAAACUAUUCAGGCUCGUCGACCAGCCCUCAAGACCUUAUGGACGCGCUAUCCGAAGUAUUCCAGGAGCUCAUCGAUAACCCUAUCACUCUCCCCGAUAGCUACCCUGUAUCAUCCUGGUGGCAGCCUGGAGGCAUGGACCUUUUACUGGAAGCCAAAUUUGCCAUAUUCGCCAACCUUUAUCGUCCAGAUCAGUUUCCAGGCCUCAUGGAGAUCAUCCAAGCAGCGCUGGCCCGCAAUUACACGCUUUGGGAGACAGCAAGACCACCACCAUCCACACCCAAAUGGAAUGAGGGCACCGACGCCUUACACGGGAUUGCCUGUGUAGAUGCCACGCUCCGCGCCAGUUUACCGGAAGAUAUGUACAGUCUACUGGAAGCUCAGACGGCACAAGGCUCCUUUGCCGACGCGUUCUCACCGGAGCUGUGGCCCUGCUCGCAAUGGCGGUUUGAUGCGGCCGAACGUUACGAGGGUGGUUUCAGGAAUACCAACACAAGCUUUCCUAUCUUAUUCGUUAACGGGCUGUAUGAUCCUAUUACACCACUGAGUACCGCGUGGGAAAUAUCUGCUGGCUUUACGGCAAGUAGGCUUGUGGUGCAUGAGGGACACGGGCAUGGCUUCAUGAACCAUCCUUCAUCUUGCACCAUCCAGGCCGUUCGGGAGUACUUUGAUAGCGGCAAGCUUCCGGAACAUGGUACUCGGUGCAAGCCUGACAAGACGGCGGUUGAGUAUUUGUCGGAGCUGAUCGGACAGGCAGGAAACGGAACGGUGAAAAGGAGAGCAUCGGAAUAG